AUGUCUGACAAAGAACCCGUAAUUGACCAGGUUGGUCUUAACGGCACUCUUCCUGAAAAAAAGAAAAAAACGAAAAAGUCGGUCGCCUUUGAUGAUGAAGUGAAUUCUCCAGAUCAAAGGGAAUCUUCUCCCGCUGACGAUUCCUCUGAUGAUAAACAGGAAGGCGAUGGCGAAGAUGCUAAAGGGUUGACUGAGCCUGUCGCUGAGGGCGAAGUUGAUGAGUUAAAGGACAUGUUUGCCAGUAUGAAAAAGAAAAAGAAGUCAAAGAAGUCUUCUGGUGAUACUGAAGGUGAAAAAGACGAGGAAGUUAUCAAUGAUAAUGGUGAAUUAGACUUUUCAUCGAUGAAGAAGAAGAAGAAAAAGAAAAAAACCACUGAUUUGUCCGCCUUCGAAAAGGAAUUGGAAGCUUCUUCUACUGGAGAUGGUGUCGAUGCCAGUAAGCAAACUUUUGACUCUGAAAACAUGGGCGAACAUGCUUGGUUGAAGAGUGACCGUGAUUACUAUUAUCCUGAGUUGUUGAACAGAUUCUUCAAUCUCCUUCGUACCAAUAACCCUGAGCUUGCUGGUGAAAAGCGUAAAUACACUAUCGUGCCUCCUUCCGUUCAUCGUGAAGGUAAAAAGACUAUUUUCGCAAACAUUAAUGAUAUCGCUAAGCGCAUGCAUCGUUCUUUAGAUCAUGUGAUUCAAUUCUUGUUUGCGGAAUUAGGUACCAGUGGUAGUAUUGAUGGUUCUUCUCGUUUAAUCAUUAAAGGUCGUUUCCAACAAAAGCAGAUGGAAAACGUUCUUCGUCGUUAUAUUGUUGAAUAUGUAACUUGCAAGACCUGUAAAUCUCCAGAUACUAUUCUUACAAAGGAAAACAGAAUUUUCUUUAUGACUUGCGAAGCUUGUGGAUCUGUUCGUUCAGUGCAAGCCAUUAAGACAGGUUACCAAGCCCAAAUUGGAAGAAGAAAGCACGUUGGUUAG